AUGGCGGACAGUACAACCGGCAGUCACAAGAACGUCAACAACAAACCGGACGUUAGGCAAUAUGACAUGCACCACGACGACUACGAUCGCGACACGGCCAUACACCGGCUGAGAACCGCAGGAAGCAUUACGAUCACCCCCGAGCUUUUCGAAAAGAUCUACCUGUCACCAAAGAAUCAGGUAUCGAACAAUCUUCGCUCGACCGUGGGCAACCCUACACCGUUGGCUCUUUGUGGCUUUCUUCUGUCGCUCUCUCCACUCUCCAAUAUCCUCCUCGGUUGGAGAGGGUCUGGUGGCUCUGGAGCCGCAGAAGUUGGAGUAUACUACUUCUUCGGGGGUUUACUCAUGACUAUUGGGUCUGUUCUCGAGUUCAUCCUGGGCAAUACAUUCCCAUUUGUGGUUUUUGGGUCCUUCGGAGCUUUCUGGCUCAGCUGGGCGGCAACAUUGACGCCCUUUUACAAUGCCUCAAUUGCCUAUGACCCGAGCCACCCAACGGCCAGCAGCACCGACCCAACCUUCGCCAGUACAUUUGCCUUUUUCCACCUGUACAUGGGCGUCCUCUGUUUCCUCUACCUGGUGUGCGCACUCCGAACCAACAUCUGCUUCGUCCUCAUCUUUCUGUCUCUUGUACCGGCGUUUGGUUUGUUGGCCGCCUCGUACUGGAAGCUCGCAGAAGGCGAGGCUGCGGUAGCUCUAAAGUGUCAACAUGCGGCCGGCGGUCUGGUCUUUGCGGUAUGUCUUCUUGGAUGGUACCUCCUGGGAGCCCAACUUUUGGCCGCCGUCGACUUCCCCCUUAACGUCCCCGUUGGCGAUCUUAGCUCUUUCGUCAAAGGCGCCAGCGAGAGAGUGGUUCAGAAGGCGGAAAGGAAGCAUUCAAGCGAGUAG